ACACAAAAAACACUGCCUCUCUCAAAAAACACUGCCUCUCUCUCUCCCUUCUUCUCUUCUCUCUCUUUCUUUGUGUCUGUAAACAUAACAUGAGCGGCGGUGGGGAGACUAGGGUUUCAAUCCCAGACAAUGUACACAGCACGAUCCAAAACAUCAGAGAGAUCACUAAGAAGCUUCACAGCGACGAUGAAAUCUAUGCUGUGCUCAAGGAGUGCUCUAUGGAUCCCAACGAGACCGCCCAGAAGCUCUUGUAUUUAGAUACAUUUCAUGAGGUCAAAAAGAGACGUGAUCGGAGUAAGGAGAACCUGAAAGGCAGGGCAUCUGAAGAUUCGAGGACAGCACCAGGUGCGCACAGGCGAAUGGUCAGGGGUGGUGGCCAAGGGAAUUAUUCUUCUGAUGCUGGUGGUGGGAGGAAUUCUGCUGCUCGGAGGGAAAAUGGAGCCAGUCAUGUUGCAGAUGGAGGUUCUCUGUCCUCUUUUAUGCCAGGUCAGCAGAAAACUAAGAACAAUGCUGCGGCUCCAAUCGCAAAGGCUUCAAUUGGCAUUCCAAACGGGAUUAAAAACCUGUCAAAUGGGACUUCUAGUCAUGUUUCUGCUCCAAAAUCCUCUGCCGGUGUAGAUGCAAACAAGUUGGGAGCUACAGCACCUCGUUAUGCUGUCGUUGUGGCAUCUACACCUGUUGUUGGCUUAAAGGAUCAACGCAAGGCCCCAACAACUACAUCUGAUCAUCUUCCAAAUUCUGCCACUUCUGCAUCUGAUUCUGGUGUUUACUCAUCUGCUUCAGAUCCUUCCUUAUCAACUCAUAUACCAGAAAACAAAGAUGUUUCUGGUGAAUCUGUUGUCAUAGAGUUGUCAAAGAGUGAAAAUGUUGCCUCCAAAUCUGAUAAUCACGUGAUCAAAGAAAAGACUCAAAGUGACAAUGCUAAGGCAAUUGGAAAGAAUCGGCAUACUAAGUCGUCAGAACCCCCUUCCUCAACUCAUGAUGGUUCUCAGGCCAUUCUGCCUUCUAAUUCUGAUGGAGAAUCACAGAUAGAGUCGACUGAUGCUUUGAAAGUGGCCAAACUGGAGGUUGAAACCGUUGCUGUUAAACCUUCUUCUCAGUUGCCACCUGACUCGAGUCUCUCAGAUACCAAACUUGUGACUUUUCCAAAUCAUAUCAAGGUCCCUGAAUCUUUAAGAAAUGUUUUGACUUUUGGAAGUAUUAAUUCUACUUUUGGAACGAGUGUUGACUGCGUUAACGGUACUGGUGGCAAUGGUUCUACGGGUGGUGUAGAAUCUUCUCAGGAUACUGAUGAAACUGCUAAAGAGCCUUCUCCUAGCAAUAACAGUGUAGCCUCAUCUGUUCAAGGAGAUUUUUCAGAGAAUCCACUGCCUUCACCAAAUGUUCUUGAAAAGUUACAACCACCUGAGGGUAAUGUCUCUUCAGAGAGUAAUGUCCCUUCAGCCCCUGACUCAGACUCCAAAAGUGAACUGUUGAAGGAUUUGCAGUUGCCUCCAGAAGUUCCACAUAACCUCACUGCUCUAAAUGGCCCCAGCUAUAGUCUUGGUUUUUUGCCACCGAUGCUAGGAGGCCAGGUUUUACAAGUGGAAGGACAUGAUAAUCAGGCACCUGAAGCACCUCGGGUUUCGAACUUUGGUGGAAAUUCUGUUGGUGUUCCCAGCCCAAAUACAACCCCACCCCUGCCAAGCUCCAUAGCUGCUUCUCCACAGAUUCCUGUUUUCAGGCAUGCAUAUCCCGCGAAUUAUUUCCCAUAUGGCUAUCUCCCGCCGUAUUAUCUGCCACCAAUGCACCAGUUUUUAAGCCCCAAUGGCUUUCCUCCACAGCCUUCAGCAUAUCUACCACCAACAGCACCAGCUGCUGCUGGGAUUAAAUAUCCUCCUCCACAGUUCAAGGCAGGGAGCAAUGCUGGAAAUCCACCCCAGUAUAACAUUCAAUCCGGUGGUUCAUUCAUAACCACCCCUGCUGGUUAUGCUCCUGGUUCAGCAGUUACAUCUGGAAACUCAGUUGGUAACACUGAAGAUCAUGGAGCAUCUCAAUCGAAAGAAAGUCAUAUCUACACUACAGGACAGCUGACUGAGGGUUCAACUGUUUGGAUUCAUACUCCUGGACAAGAUAUCAGUUCUCUGUACAACCUUCCUCAGGGGCAACGCUUCGCGUUCUCGCCUGUCCAUGCUGGUCAUGGUGCCAUGACUGGACUUUAUCCACCAGGGCAAACGAUGGCUUCUCCAACAUAUCUGCAACAGUCCCAGGCUGCGGCUGGAGCUGCUGAGACCAUAGGACCCCCACCUGCUGCUUAUCAGCAGCCUCAACAUGCACAGAUGAAUUGGAACAGUAGUUUUUGAUUUACAAAAACUUACCUAUGAGGAAUGAACGCAAAAUCACAUCUUUUGGAGGCUCAAGAUAAACUGGAAAUCUGAUAUCUGGCUUGUUCUGAGUGUAAAUAUGAAAUGCUGGCCAGAAAUUUUUGGAAUGUCAUCCUUUUGUGGUAGGGAAUUGGCAGUGCUGACCAUCUGAAGUUGGAAGAAGAUAGGUUUGGGUUUUCCAUUAUUGUCUAGUGUUUUUCCUCAUUUGUGUUUUGAGAAAUUAAGUCUUGGUGGGAAAUGAGUUUUUAGCUUUUGAAACUAGUGAUUUCUUAAGAUGUCAUAGGAAACUAAGAGAGGAUCAUAGAGUAGGUGGGAUUUUACCAAUUUUUCCUUUCUGAUAUCUCACCUGUAUAUUAUGAUAUUAUCAUAGCAAACAUGAUGGAUCAUACGGUUGUAAUUGGUAUAAUAUGAGAAUUGACAUUUUGUGUCGUUUUCAUUUC